UCAGCGUCAGUGCGUGUGUGUGCGGUGAAGAGUGAAGAGUGAAGAGGAGUGAAGUUCGUGUCGAGCUCGUGGUCCAAAGGCAGUUAAUCUAUUGCCAGCUCAACAUAUAGACACCGCCAACAGAUGUUGGCAGAGCUGAAAAUCGAGCGAGCCGAGCAGAAGUAAACUUCUGACCAAGAAAAAUUCAAUCAGAGGACUUCCAAAUGUCGUGCAUUCAUCUUGUGGCGCUGCUGGCCCUCUGCCUGGGAGCCGUGGCCGUGGCCGCGAGCAGCAACCACCUGCCAGUGGGGGCGAACGUGAACCUCAACGAGCGGUUCUUCAACCAGGUGAGGGCGCUCAUCAAGCGCCGCAUGCAGGAGAAGAACGUUCAGUCGCCACAGCUGCCACUGGUGGACGAUGAGGUGGCCCUGCAGAAUCAGCGCAGCUACGACAAUGUGCCCAUUCCGGCGGCCAGUGUGCCCACUCCUGUGCUCGUGGAGAACUGGCCCACCGAGCAGCACAGCUUUGGCCAGGUCACCGCCGUCUCCGUGGACCCGCAGGGCAAUCCAGUGAUUUUCCAUCGCGCCGACCGCUACUGGGACGUUAACACCUUCAACGAAAGCAAUAUCUACUACCUCAUCGAGUACGGGCCGAUCAAGGAGAAAACCAUCUAUGUGCUCGACUCCAAGACGGGCGGCAUUAAAUCUGGCUGGGGCUCGAACAUGUUCUACAUGCCCCACGGCAUGACCAUCGAUGUUCAUGGCAACUAUUGGAUUACGGACGUGGCCAUGCAUCAGGCAUUCAAGUUCAAGCCCUUCGGCAGCAAGCCACUUCUGACGAUUGGCAAACGCUUCCGGCCUGGUUCCUCCGUCAAACAUCUGUGCAAGCCAACAUCCAUAGCCGUGGCCACCACUGGAGAGUUCUUUAUCGCCGAUGGCUACUGCAAUAGUCGCAUCCUGAAGUUCAAUGCCGCCGGCAAGCUGCUCCGUACAAUUCCACAGCCACCAGAGUUUCUGUCCCUGCAGGUGCCACAUGCCAUCACCCUGCUGGAGCACUUGGAUCUACUGUGCAUCGCCGACCGGGAGAAUAUGCGCGUCGUCUGUCCCAAAGCUGGCCUGAAGUCUUCCCAUGGCGAGGGUGAGCCCGCAGCCACCAUACAGGAGCCGGAUCUGGGUCGCGUCUUUGGCGUCGCCAGCUACGGCGAUAUUGUGUUCGCCGUGAAUGGACCCACCUCGAUGCUGCCCGUGUGCGGCUUCACCAUCGAUCCGCGCUCGGAGGCCAUUAUCGGGCACUGGGGCGACUUCAAGAAUCCCCAUUCCAUGGCCGUCAGCGUCAACGGGUCGGCCCUGUAUGUCACUGAGAUUGGCACCAAUCAUCAGACAAAUCGCGUGUGGAAGUACGUUCUGGCCUAGAUCUAGGCGGAGAUUCCCAAUUCCCAUUGAAAGUACCGUUAUAGACGCUCUCCAGCAUAUCCCCAUUAGUGCUUAUACCCCGCGUACGCAAAUAGAAAUAGAAACUAGAUCAGAAUUCAAAUAGCUAACAACAGGAGAUCAGGAUCCAAAUCGAAUGCAGAGGACUAGCAAGAAGGCACACCAAAUAUUUAAUUGUAAUAGUAAUUGUUAGAGUAACGUACAGAGCAGGAUGUACUCGUAAGUAUGUAAAUUGCUUGACACAUACCACAACAAACAUAACCUCAGACUUUAUGUUUUUGCACUUGUAAUGAGCAAAACGGCCUCAAAGCCCGCAUUACAAAGCAGCCUUUUGUCUUUAUUGAUAGUACAUACAUGUACAUGUACCACUCUCUCACUCGUUUGGGUGUGUAUGGCUGUGUACUGUGUACUAUUCAUUAACAUAAACUAGGCACGAGUGUGGGGUGGGCUUUAGACUAACCUAAUCCAUAGCAUAACCAAUAACCAAUAACCAAUUACCAAUAACCGGCACAGAGCACACGGAGGAGCGCAUAAACACGAAAAUACAAUACACUAUUGUACCAUACCAUACCAUAUAUAGUAAUCUAUGUAUAUCCAGUCGAUAAACCUAUAUAUAUAUAUAUAGUAUAUAUAUACAAAUAUAUCCAUGUAUGUAUAUCUUAACGAACUAUUAUAACCAAUGUAA